GGAGGCCCAGCGGCAUCUCUGCGGUCGUUGCCCCAGAGUCCGCUAGUUAAUUAUUAACAGCGGGUAAGGACAAGAUCCGGACAAGCCGCUCCCGGGUCACUUCCCAGUCCUCAUCCCGGUGCCGCUGCCGCUGCCGAGGAUGUGGCUGUACGUGGUGGCUUCGCUGCUGGGGCUGUUCCUGCUGCGGCGCUGGCACCGGGAGCGGCAGACGGUGCCGCGGCUCUCGGAGAAGCACGUGCUGAUCACAGGAUGCGACAGCGGCUUCGGGUCGCUGCUGGCGCGGCAGCUGGACGCGCGCGGGCUGCGGGUGCUGGCCGCCUGCCUGACCGAGGCCGGCGCCGCGCAGCUGCGGGCGGCCACCUCCAACCGGCUGCAGACCGUCCUGCUGGACGUCACCUCCAGCAAGAGCAUCGCCGAUGUCACCGCCUGGGUCCGCGAGCGCGUGGGUGAUCAAGGGCUCUGGGGGCUGGUGAACAACGCCGGGAUUGCCAUCCCCACGGCCCCGAACGAGUGGCUGACCAAGGAGGACUUUGUCAAGGUGCUGAACGUCAACCUGGUGGGGCUGGUGGAGGUGACGCUGAGCCUGCUGCCGCUGCUGCGGCGGGCGCGGGGCCGCGUGGUCAACGUGGCCAGCGUGAUGGGCCGCGUGUCCUUCUUUGGUGGUGGGUACUGCCCCUCCAAGUACGGUGUGGAAGCUUUCUCUGACAGCCUCAGGCUUGAGAUGCGCAACUUCGGGGUGAAGGUCUGUGUGAUUGAGCCGGGCUACUUCAAAACAAUGAUCACCAACGUUGACAACCUGGAGAAGAAUUUUCAUUCCAGCUGGCAGAAGCUUCCAGAGGAAGUCAGAACGGCUUAUGGGGAGAGUUACCUGAAGCAGUUUGUGACAAUGCUCAAGACACUGCAGAAGACCUACAACUCUGACCUCUCGCUGGUCACCAACUGCAUGGAACACGCCCUGACCAGCCUCCACCCCCGCAGCCGCUACUCUGCUGGCUGGGAUGCCAAGCUGCUCUACCUUCCCAUCAGCUACCUGCCCUCAGCCCUCAGCGACGCCCUGUUCUCCUUGUUCUACCCCAAAUCUGUUGGGAAAGCCUAAAAUGGGGAUGCAGCAGGCAGCCAGGACCAGAGUGGGAUCCAGUGAUGCAUAGUAGGAUCCAGAAUAGGCUGCAGCCAAGGCCACACUGAGGUCCCUGAAUUUGUAACUGCAUGUACCUCUGACCCUCUGUCCCCUACUCACCGACGGGUUUGUCCUGAAUAAAGAUGCCCUGUCCCCUCCUGGC